AUGGCCGACCAAGCUGAAUCGUCCUCCGCAGGAGCGAGAAAGGCUCUCAAGGCCAACACCAAUGGCGCUGGCCCCGAGUAUGAGCUACCAUGGGUAGAAAAGUAUCGCCCUGUCUACCUAGACGAUGUGGUUGGCAACUCGGAGACGAUCGAGAGACUCAAGAUUAUCGCAAAAGAUGGAAAUAUGCCCCACGUUAUCAUCAGUGGCAUGCCAGGUAUAGGAAAGACGACGUCGGUUCUAUGCCUCGCAAGAACACUGCUGGGUGAUGCGUACAAAGAAGCAGUCCUUGAGCUCAACGCAAGCGAUGAGAGAGGUAUCGAUGUUGUGAGGAAUCGAAUCAAGGGUUUCGCGCAGAAGAAGGUCACGCUUCCGCCCGGACGGCACAAGCUGGUCAUCCUGGAUGAAGCGGACAGUAUGACUGCAGGCGCCCAGCAAGCGUUGCGACGCACGAUGGAGAUCUAUGCCAACACCACCCGCUUUGCGUUCGCCUGCAACCAGUCGAACAAGAUCAUCGAACCCUUGCAAUCGAGAUGUGCUAUCCUACGUUACGCAAGGCUGACAGACGCGCAAGUCGUGCAGCGAUUAAUGCAGAUAAUCGAAGCAGAAAAGGUGGAAUACUCCGAGGACGGUCUUGCAGCCUUAGUGUUCAGUGCCGAAGGUGACAUGCGACAAGCCAUCAAUAACCUGCAGAGUACGUGGGCCGGCUUCAGCUUUGUCAGCGGAGACAACGUAUUUCGAGUCGUGGACAGUCCUCACCCGAUCAAGGUGCAGGCCAUGAUCAAGGCAUGCUACGAGGGGAAGCUGGACAGUGCACUCGACACGUUGAGAGAACUAUGGGACCUAGGAUACUCGAGCCACGACAUUAUUUCGACAAUGUUCCGAGUCACCAAAACUAUUCCAACACUGAGUGAGCAUUCGAAGCUGGAGUUCAUCAAGGAGAUUGGUUUUACUCAUAUGCGCAUUCUAGAAGGAGUGCAGACCUACUUACAGUUAAGCGGGUGCUUAGCAAAGCUGUGCAAGAUCAACAUGAAGCCCGAGCUGUUUGCGGCGUGA